CUCUGUCCCGGGAUGCUGAGGGUGUGUAUGUGUGUGUGUGGCUACAUCCACGUUCCUCAGCAUCUGUGCUCCAUCAAAGACAAGCCCUAACAUUUGCUUCGUAAAUGUCCGAGCAACACAACGGCAGAUAUCUGUUUGGCUGGCUCGGGACUGACAGAAUCCCACUUCUGUGGGGCUGAUGAAGCCAGUCAUGGCUCUCAGAAGAAGACCGGGGACCAUAGUUAUUGCUUCAGAGCUCGACCCGUCAGCCUCUAGCACUUCCCCUAUUGGAAGUGAAAAGCUCUCUGGAGAAGGAGUUGAUCCAAUUCCUGAGGAACUUGGGCAAGAAAAGUUUGAAAUCCAACCACCCUCUCCUGUGCCAGCUAGGUACUGUCUAAGUGAUGGGUCUGGGGACGACUCCAUCCAAGGCGAAAGCCCUCUUCAGCAGGACAGCAUGGAGGAGGACUCACUAUCUGAGUAUGAUAAUGUCGUAUCCGGGGAAGAAGAAGAAGAAGUAGGAGAAGAGGAACAUGAUUAUGAGGAGGAUGAGGAACUGCAAACAGAAGCAGACAGGAUGACCUACUAUGUCCACUGUUGUCCUGAAGAUGAAAGCUACAUGGAAGGAAUGGACUGCCAUGAAGGUGCAGAGAGUGCUGAGUGUCCUGGCACAUCUCGAGACAUCCAGGAGGAUUGUAAACCAGAGAAGGCUUGGGAUAACUCGGAAGGCUUUUACAAGGUUCUGCAGCAAGACGCAACAACAACCGUCUACAAGCGACCAGAGCCUAUAACAGAAACAACCUUUGUACAAGCCCCCAUGGCUGAGGAUGAGGAGGAUGAAGAGGAGACCGAGGAAGAAGCAGAAGCAGAAGAAGAGGACAGUGAGGAAGAAGACAAUGUUGGAUUUUUUCACUACAAAGGAAAAGAAGCGGAGUUGAACAACAAUGAGAUGCUAAAUAAAGGUGAUGGCGAUUGUCCCAGAGAUGGCAGAAAUUGUCCUAAAGUGGGGCAAGAAAGUGAUGCAGUUAGUAACUAUAGAAGAAAUCUGGACAUCACUAAAAACCCAAGGGAUGUCCCUCCACGGUCAAAUUGUCCUACUAGGGAUCGAAAAGAAAGGGUUCGGGAAGAGUGUUCUAAGGACUGUCCAAAAGGUUGUGAUGUCUCUGUGGUCAGAGAAGGUAGAGGAAACCCGAGACAAAGUUUCAGAUAUAGAGGACAUCAGUCAGAGAGAAUACACAAAAGAGACACCGCUUACGAGGAUGGUAGCAGGGUCAGCAAUAAAGCUAAAUUCGCAGAUCCAGAGGAUAAAGGCAUUUGGAAAAAAAGACAUUUGCUAAAAUACUCCAGAGAGGACGACAGGGACGGAGAUGGGAAACUUUCACACGAACAAAGUAAAAGUCUUGGAGACAGCAAAAACAGAGGGCAGGACCAUCCCGCUUGUAGUAACAAGCCAAAGGGUGGUAGAGAGAGAAAGAGCAUUGGGGAUUUUGAGGAAGAGCAGAUUGAGAACGAAGUCAAGACCAAACUCAAAAUUGCUCAAAACAACUCAGGGAGUAAUAAAGGUGCUCCUGAUCAGACAAAUAAUGGGAAAGGGGCUCCUGACAAUUCCAGGGCCUCUUCAACAUCAUCAGACAGGAGAAACAGCCAACCCAGAGCCCAUGUUAAUACACCUGUACAGUCCUUAGACAAACGGCUACAUAAAGACUUGGCCAAACCUGUUGAAACAGAGAAGACGAGUCCUAGUCAGGAACAGGUUUCUCAGAGUAGUCCGGAGGAAAGUAGUACAGGGCCACCAUGUGGACAAAAGAGACCGCAGGCCCAGAGAAAUCCGUCUUUCCCAAGCUUUGUGGAUAUCCCUGGUCCGUGUGAGCCAGAAGAUCUCAUCAAUGGAAUCAUCUUUGCCGCGAACUACCUUGGCUCGACCCAACUGCUCUCCGACAGAAACCCGUCGAAAAGCAUACGCAUGAAGCAAGCGCAGGAAGCUGUGGACUGUGUUAAGUCUGUAGACGGUGAACCUCAGAGUUUAACAGAGAUCGACCUGUUCAUCUCAACCAAGGCCAUCAAGGUGCUCAAUGCCGACACACGCAGGUGGGAGACGAUGAUGGACAAUGCCCUCCGCACCAUCUCGUACAUCGCAGACAUCGGGGACGUGGUGGUCCUGAUGGCUCGCAGGCGUCUGUCUAACUCGUCCUCGCUCGACUGCACAGAUUCAGGCCUCGGCACGGAAAGUCGCAAGCAGUACCGCAUGAUGUGCUACGUCUUCGAGUCAGAGGAUGCCCAGCUCAUCGCACAGUCCAUCGGUCAGGCGUUCAGCAUGGCCUACCAAGAGUUCCUCCGAGCCAAUGGGAUUAAUCCCAAGGACCUCAGCCAGAAAGACUACAGCGAGAUCCUGAGCACACAGGAGAUGUAUAAUGACGACCUCAUCCAUUUCUCCAACUCUGAAAACUGUAAAGAGCUUCAGCUGGAGAAGCAGAAGGGGGAGAUGCUGGGCGUAGUGGUGGUGGAGUCGGGCUGGGGCUCCAUCCUGCCCACCGUCAUCCUGGCCUGUAUGCUGAACAACGGCCCCGCCGCCCGCUCCGGCAAACUCAACGUGGGCGAUCAGAUCAUGGCCGUCAACGACACCAGCCUGGUGGGCCUGCCGCUCGCCACCUGCCAGGGCAUCAUCAAGGGCCUGAAGAACCACGUUCAGGUCAAGCUAAGUGUAGUGAGUUGCCCGCCUGUUACUACUGUCCUCAUAAAGAGACCCGACCUGCAGUACCAGCUGGGUUUCAGCGUUCAGAACGGCAUAAUCUGUAGUCUGAUGCGUGGAGGUAUUGCGGAGAGGGGCGGUGUGCGAGUCGGACACAGAAUAAUUGAGAUAAACGGCCAGAGUGUGGUCGCUAUGGCGCAUGAGAAAAUCGUCCACGCCCUUUCAGUAUCUGUAGGAGAGAUUAACAUGAAAACUAUGCCCGCCGUCAUGUUCAGGUUGUUAACUGGUCAAGAGACUCCGAUGUACAUAUAAGGAAUCAUAAAACUGGACCUUUUCCUGCAACUAAAAAGAAGAAGAAAAAUAUGGAAGAGCUCUGUCUUGCUUUAGACUGCAUGUAAAGAGAACAAACAUACAAUCACACAAUUACCUGAUCAAAGGAGUGCUGUUACUUGCUUAUUAAUGCAAUUAAUAGUCUGCCAUGGUCUUAUAGUCUUCUACAGUCUUCCUCGCCAGAUGCAUUAGUUUGUAUAUAUGUUAGAUGCCUUUGGUUCAAGCCUUUUUGAGUUUCUAAACGAACAAAGUACUCUUUUAUUUUAAAGUACGGAGCGACUGCACUAAAGUUCACUCAAUCAGUAAAGUAGGGCAUUAUUAAUAGAUUCCAUUUUUUCCACAAACUCAAAGAUUAAGAAAUGGACUAAAGCAUGCUAAAAUCCAAAGAUAGCUGUUACAUUUGCUGAAUAGACUGCAUUUUAGUUCUCCUGGCUGUCUUCAGUGUCUCUGUGAUAAAUGGGUACUGUACACUGUGAAUGAACCAUCUGUAGAUGACUAGUUCAGCAUGCUGGAUCUGAAGACUGAAAAUAUAUUCAUCAGAAAACCUGA